UCUUUCGCGGGUAACUCCAAUUCUAGCCCCCUCCAGGUGGGUGGUGAAGCAGCGGAGUGUGAGAGACAUCUCCGUGCUCGUCCCUGACCCCAGCUGUGCUCCAAGGGAAGGCAUCUCCAGGGAAGAGCAGCUUGGUCCCACAAAAGCUGGACUGCAAGAAGGACUUUGUGACUUGGGAUGUGACGGGCACGGAGACGGAGUGGGGGGUGGUGGCAGCGCAAGGUGUGCAAGUGACAGCAGGGGACACCCCCACAGCAGGACCCCGGCCCACGGAGAGGACUUAGGACACUACCGGACCCUCCGGGAAAAGAGGGGAGACUUCGUGACCCAGGCCCGCCCCGCCUUGCCGCCCUCGUGCCCGGCGCUAAGACCCAGCGGGCGCGCGACCCGCCCCGGGCCUGUCCCUGUCCCCUUCCGUCCGCGGGGCCGCCAGCUCAGCUCUGGAGAGCCGGCGGCGCGGCGGGCAUGGCUCGGGUGGCGUGGGGGCUGCUGUGGCUGCUGCUGGGCAGCGCCAGGGCGCAGUACGAGAAGUACAGCUUCCGGGGCUUCCCGCCCGAGGACCUGAUGCCGCUGGCCGCGGCCUACGGGCACGCGCUGGAGCAGUACGAGGGCGAGAGCUGGCGCGAGAGCGCGCGCUACCUGGAGGCGGCGCUGCGGCUGCACCGGCUCCUGCGCGACAGCGAGGCCUUCUGCCACGCCAACUGCAGCGGCCCCGCUCCCGCACCCAAGCCCGACCCAGAGGACUGCCGCGCCGACGAGUGGGCCCGCGAGCUGCGGCUCUUCGGCCGCGUCCUGGAGCGCGCCGCCUGCCUGCGGCGCUGCAAGCGGACGCUGCCCGCCUUCCAGGUGCCCUACCCGCCGCGGCAGCUGCUGCGCGACUUCCAGAGCCGCUUGCCCUACCAGUACCUGCACUACGCGCUGUUCAAGGCUAACCGGCUGGAGAAGGCGGUGGCGGCGGCCUACACCUUUCUCCAGAGGAACCCGAAGCACGAGCUGACCGCCAAGUACCUCAACUACUACCGGGGGAUGCUGGACGUCGCCGACGAGUCCCUCACGGACCUAGAGGCCCAGCCCUACGAGGCCGUGUUCCUCCGAGCUGUGAAGCUCUACAACAGCGGGGAUUUCCGCAGCAGCACUGAGGACAUGGAGCGGGCCUUGGCAGAGUACCUGGCGGUCUUUGCCCGGUGCCUGGCCGGCUGUGAAGGGGCCCAUGAGCAGGUGGACUUCAAGGACUUCUACCCGGCCAUAGCAGAUCUCUUUGCAGAAUCCCUGCAGUGCAAGGUGGACUGUGAGGCCAAUUUGACCCCCAAUGUGGGCGGCUACUUCGUGGACAAGUUCGUGGCCACCAUGUACCACUACCUACAGUUUGCCUACUACAAGUUGAAUGAUGUGCGCCAGGCUGCCCGCAGCGCCGCCAGCUACAUGCUCUUCGACCCCAACGACAGCAUCAUGCAGCAGAACCUGGUGUAUUACCGCUUCCACCGGGCUCGCUGGGGUCUGGAAGAGGAGGACUUCCAGCCCCGGGAGGAGGCCAUGCUCUACCACAACCAGACGGCCGAGCUGCGGGAGCUGCUGGAGUUCACCCACAUGUACCUGCAGUCAGAUGAUGAGAUGGAGCUGGAGGAGACAGAACCGCCCCUGGAGCCUGAGGAUGCCCUAUCUGACGCCGAGUUUGAGGGGGAGGGUGACUACGAGGAGGGCAUGUAUGCUGACUGGUGGCAGGAGCCGGAUGCCAAGGGUGACGAGGCCGAGGCUGAGUCAGAGCCUGAACUGGCAUGAGAAGGGGACACCCCACACGCCUCAAGCUUGGGAAGCCUGGUCCCGAUGGCCCCACCCUCACCAGCCUGGGCAGCAGCAAGAACUAUUUAUUAAAAACUUAAGAUGGGCCAGGUGCGGUGGCUCACGCCUGUAAUCCCAGCACUUUGGGAGGCCAAGGUGGGUGGAUCACUUGAGGCCAGGAGUUCAAAACCAGCCUGGCCAACAUGGUGAAACCCCCAUCUCUACUAAAAUAUAUAAAUUAGCCGGGUGUCAUGGCGGGCGCCUGUAAUCCCAGCUACUUGGGAGGCUGAGGCAGGAGAAUCACUUGAACCUGGGAGGCAAAGGUUGCAGUGAACUGAGAUCGUGCCACUGCACUCCAGCCUGGGCGACAAAGCGAGACUCCAUCUUUUAAAAAAAGCAAACUUAAGAUGGGCUGGGCGUGGUGACUUAUGCCUGUAAUCCCAGCCCUUUGGGAGGCCGAUCACUUGAGGUCAGGAGUUCAAGACCAGCCUGGCCAACAUAGUGAAAUGUCAUCUCUACUAAAAAAUACAAAAAUUACCCAGGCAUGGUGGCGCACACCUGUAAUCGCAGCUACCCGGGAGGCUGAGCCAGGAGAAUCACCUGAACCCGGGAGGCUCAGAUUGUGAGCUGAGAUUGUGCCACUGUACUUCAGCCUGGGUGACAGAGCGAGACUCCAUCUCAAUUAAAAAAAAAAAACUUAAGAUGGACAUAGCUGACUGGGCCCCUGUCCUGCCCCACCCGUGAGUGCUGCGACCCAGACCCAUCCUGCCACUUCUGUGUCUGUGGACCACAGGAUGGUGGUGGCAUUGCAGGUUGGCAAGUGGGCUGACAGGGUCCGCCCUCCCCACUGCUCAGCCCCUCACCUGAACAGUCUCCUGGACAAGAAGUUUCCAGCUGCUGGCUGGAGUCUCAGGCCAAAUUGCAGAGGGUCCUCCAGGGUACUGAAGAGCACUGAACUAGGAGUCUAGUAGUUCCACGGCCCUGACCAGUAGGUGCUCAAUAAAUGUUUGUUGUUGAAUGAGUCAUA